AUCCGGUCGCCUGCUGGUCCUUCCUCCUUUUCUACGUCCCUGAGCGAGCCCGGCGUCAAGAUGAAUGACACAGUGACAGUCAGGACCCGCAAGUUCAUGACGAACCGGCUGCUUCAGAGGAAGCAAAUGGUCGUCGAUGUCCUGCAUCCCGGCAAGGCCACGGUCCCCAAGACUGAAAUCAGGGAGAAACUCGCCAAGAUGUACAAGACCACCCCCGAUGUCGUGUUUGUAUUCGGCUUCAGGACUCAGUUCGGUGGCGGCAAGACAACAGGCUUUGCGAUGGUGUACGACUCUCUAGACUACGCUAAGAAGAACGAGCCCAAACACAGACUGGCCAGACACGGUCUCUAUGAGAAAAAGAAGACCUCCAGGAAACAGCGCAAGGAACGCAAGAACAGAAUGAAGAAAGUACGAGGCACCAAGAAGGCCAGUGUGGGCGCUGCUGGCAAAAAGAAGUGAAGUGUCAGUGUGCAGGUAUAGAAGCUGAACAAGCAUGGUGUGCCAUUGUGUUGCACAUCAAAAGCUGAAAGACCUGAGCUGUGCAUGCAUGAUGCACCUUACCUUCCCCUCGACUUUUCCUUCAGUGCCCCCCCCUGUUUCAAACUCCCUGCUAAUAGGCUUUUCCCUCUCCCCUGGUCCUUUGUACCACGAUAAUGGGCAUAUCCAUUAGGCUUUGCACACUCUGCCUUACAUUUACACAGAGACGAAGUGCUUUGAUAAUGCUUCACAUCUCUAGUUAAUAGAGGCAGAGCUUGAGUGUAGCAUGUGGAUCUUAGUUUUGUAGUGUGUUGAGUGGGUUAGUUGAGCUAAAAGCCUGCCAGUGUGUGAAUCGCCACAGAAAUGUUUCCUGAAAAUGUCUUACUCCAGUCAUGAUGUUUUACAAAGCUUCCAACUAUGAUGUUGGUCUUAAAACUGUUUGUUUUGCCCAAACAUAGUUAACAUUUGUUGUUGUAAGAUUUAAAUGUGCUCUGGUAUUAAUUCUGCUGUUCUC